AUUUGCUGAGAGAAAAGUGGAAAUUCCGCCAUUGUAAAAGAAAAUAUGAUAUUGUCCAUAUUGUCCUUUAAAUAUGAUUUCACCACGUGACCAGCAACUUUCGAUUUUCAUAAUCUACGUUCAUGAAUCCUUUUAUCUCUUGUUUGCAUUUGAAAUUUAGUUGCAAUGAAUCCCAACGAAAAUAAACAGAGUAACUUGACUUAUGAAGAGUUGAAAAUGAUAGCUGAAUACUUGCAGAAGAAUACAAAGUAUCGACCAGCCAUUGGUGUAAUAUGUGGUACGGGUCUUGGUGAUUUGAUAAAUGCUCUACAAGAUCCAAACACAUUUCCAUAUGAAACAAUACCUAAGUUCCCUGUGAGCACAGUUAAAGGUCAUUCAGGAAAUUUGGUGUUUGGUCUGCUUAGUGGACAACAGGUUGUUUGUAUGCAGGGAAGAUUUCAUUACUACGAAGGUUAUUCAUUAAAUAUGGUGACUACUCCAAUUCGUGUUAUGCAUUUGCUUGGAGUUAAAACCUUGAUUGUAACUAAUGCUGCUGGUGGUAUUAAUUCAUCCUUCAAAGUUGGUGAUGUUAUGAUUCUCAAAGAUCACAUCAGCCUUUUGUCUUUGGCUGGAGAAAAUCCACUCAGAGGAUCAAAUGAAGAAAGAUUUGGUGAACGAUUUCCGUCAAUGAAUAACUGUUACAACAAAGAGCUACGUCAGCUUGCCAAGAAUACUUCAAAUGAAUUAAACUUUUCAAGCUUUGUCCAAGAAGGUGUUUAUGCAUGUGUUGGAGGACCAUCAUUUGAAACAACUGCAGAACUAAACUAUCUACAUAGAAUUGGAGCAGAUGCAGUGGGAAUGAGUACAGUACAUGAAGUGAUUGCUGCCAUUCAUUGUGGUAUGAAAUGUUUAGGAAUAUCUUUGAUAACCAAUGCUGCAAUUAUGUCCUAUGAUGAUGACAAUGUUGUCUGCCACAAUGAAGUGUUAGAAGUUGGCAAAAAACGCUCAAAGGAUAUUGAAACAUUGGUGACACAUUUUGUACAAAAGUUGAAGUGAAUAUAUGCAAGAUGAAAGGAAAAAAGUUGUCGCCCAAGAGGAAACAGUAAUUUCAACUUUACAGUUGAUAUACUAUAAUUUGAUUCUUGUUUGAUAUAAACUUUGUUUUUAAUUAUUUACCAAUCAAAAAUAGCUUCAUUCCAAAUAAAGAAUAAUUUAUAUUAGUUACCUGUAUAAUUUACAUUCAUCAAAGAUAUUUCAAUCCAA